AUGUGUCUGUUGGCACAUAAAGAUAUGCAAACAGCUGUAAAAAAUAAAUAUGAAAAUGGUGAUGGUCCAACAAAAAUUUACCGUGAUUUAGGUGGAGUAGUGUCAUUACGAGCAAUUAAAUCAUGGAUUCAAAUGAUCAACAACAUCGGAUCUAUCAAUUUAUCACAUCCUCCCGGUCGCCCUCGCACAUUUCGAACAAAAGCCAAUAUCUUGAAGGUUAAACGUCGUCUAGCUCAAAAGAAACGGGUUUCAACAAGAUUGUUAGCUGCUAAAAUAAAUAUUUCAGCAACAAGUGCACGACGACUAUUACGUGAAGAUCUAGGUUGUUUUCCAUAUAAGAAAAUUAAACAACCAAAAUUGGCCAAUCUUCAAAAAAGGAAGAGGAUUAAAUUUGCCAAUUGGGUGUUAAAUAAUUACACCAAAGAAGACACCAAAAAAUGGCUUUUUACUGAUGAAAACUACUUUGAUUCAGAUGGUGUAUACAAUGUUCAAAAUAACCGCAUAUGCACUGAAAAAAGCGAAGAAUACUAA